AUGAAUGUUAGCUGGAGUCUUAGGAGACUGAUGAAAAUGAGGCAAGAAGCUUAUCCGGUCCUUGCAAAUGUGGCAGACAGUGUUACUUUGAAGGCUGCCUGGUUUUGGAAGGAGAUCAGGAUCAAGGGUGCCAAGGUAUUUGGCAGAAACUGGUUGUUGCGUUGGAGCAUAAAGGUCGAUGGCAGAUGUUGUGUUUGUAUUGAUGCAAUGGAGUCCAUUGAUAAUUUCUUUGAGUGUUCUUUUGCAAAGGAUAACUGGAGGGCUAUUUUGAGGCUGUGUGGCCUGACUAGACAGGUCAGGUGUUGGAAGGGGGAGGUGAAGUGGGCUGUUGCCAACCUCAAGAGUAAACCCUUGCUCACCAUCAUCCUCAAACUUGCUUGGAAUGCCCAUAUUUAUCUCAUCUGGGAGGAAAGAAACUGCAGGUUGUUUCGUGAGAAGGUUAGAGAAGUUGCUGCUAUUUUUUCAUCUGUCAAGGAGGUUGUCAGAAUCAAAUUACAGGGAAGGAAUAUAACCAUGGUGGAUAAUGUUACUUAUAGCCUUUGA